AUGUCAGCGUUUGGUAUCUCCAGUUCCUUCCAGUUCUUAACCGUUGCCGCAGAUGAAAACUACUAUGUGGGAAACCUCUUUCGAGGUGAAGAGAACCUGGACUACUACCCGCAGGUCGCUGCGCCAGGCUAUGGGCCGUAUGGCUAUGCCGACCCUCAGCAGCCCGGUGGGUACCUUGCCGAAGUGCCCAAGCCGCAGCAGGCCUACUACCCGCCGCCGCAGGGAUACGCGGCUCCUCAGGCGUAUCCUCAAACCUACGGCCAGCCGCUGCAGAGUCCCGGCUACGGUUGGCAGCAGGGGGGCGGCUAUCCGCAACCUGCGUAUCAAGCCCCCAGGUCCUACAUGGAGCAACAGGCUGUUGCCACGCCCACUUAUGAGGAAUACGAAGGGCCGAGAGCAGAGAGCAUGCCCACGGAAACCCAGAUGCGGGGCGGGCACCACGACCAAAAGAAGAAGAAGGGAGACGACCACCACACCUCGCUGAGCACGGGCUUACAGGCGCUGAUGGGCGCAGGCAAGCUCUUCAGCACCGGCGUUGAUGUGUUGGCCGCACUCAACAACUUGACUUAG